GGCGGCGCUGCUGGAGCCGCUCGUCGCGCUGCUGCCCGGCCUGCCUCCAGCAGAGAGCAGUGCGUGGUUGGUUGGAUGUGAGCGCCACCGACCUGUCUCUACUUCCAGAUCGAAGAUGGCGGUCUCGGUGUUCCCCGGCGUGCGGCUCCUCUCCAUCGGAGACGCGAAUGGAGACAUCCAGCGACACUCGGAGCAGCAGCCGCUGCGGCUGGAAGUGAAGAGCACGCAGGAUGCUGCUCUCAUCAAUCUCUCCAAUGGAGAGGAGGCGAGCGUGUUCAAGUGUUCGGUUUCCAGGGAGACGGAGUGCAGCCGCGUGGGGAAGCAGUCAUUCAUCAUCACGCUGGGCUGUAACAGCGUCCUGCUGCAGUUCUCCUCACCUGCAGACUUUCAGUCGUUUUAUAACCUCCUGAAGAACAGUCGGGGACAUGUCAAUGAGCGCUCCGUCUUCAGCGACAGAACAGAGGACUCCUCUGCUGUACAGUACUUCCAGUUUUAUGGCUACCUCUCCCAGCAACAGAACAUGAUGCAGGACUACGUUCGGACAGGGACUUACCAACGGGCUAUUCUCCAGAACCACACCGACUUCAAGGACAAGGUGGUGCUGGAUGUCGGCUGUGGAUCGGGGAUCCUCUCUUUCUUUGCAGCCCAAGCUGGAGCCAGAAAGGUCUACGCUGUGGAGGCCAGCACCAUGGCCCAACACGCUGAGGUGCUGGUGAACAGUAACCGUCUAGGAGAGCGCGUGGUCGUCAUCCCGGGGAAGGUGGAGGAGGUGACGCUGCCUGAGCAGGUUGACAUCAUCAUCUCAGAGCCCAUGGGCUACAUGUUGUUCAAUGAGCGAAUGCUGGAGAGCUACCUGCAUGCCAAGAAGUUCCUCAAACCCAACGGUAAAAUGUUCCCAACUAUUGGUGACGUCCACCUGGCCCCCUUCACAGAUGAGCAGCUCUACAUGGAGCAGUUCACCAAGGCCAACUUCUGGUACCAGCCCUCCUUCCAUGGUGUAGACCUCUCUGCCCUGAGGGGAGCAGCAGUGGACGAGUAUUUCCGCCAGCCUAUCGUGGACACAUUUGAUAUCCGUAUUCUGAUGGCCAAGUCGGUCAAAUACACAGUCAACUUCCUGGAGGCCAAAGAAGAGGAUCUCUACAGGAUAGAGAUUCCCUUUAAGUUCCACAUGAUGCACUCGGGCCUGGUGCACGGCCUGGCGUUCUGGUUUGACGUGGCGUUUAUUGGAUCAGUGGUGACGGUAUGGCUGUCCACGGCACCCACAGAGCCCCUCACCCACUGGUACCAGGUACGCUGUCUGCUGCAGUCCCCCCUCUUCACCAAGGCCGGGGACACGCUGUCCGGCACCGCCAUGCUGAUGGCCAACAAGAGACAAAGCUACGACAUCAGUAUUGUUGCCCAGGUGGACCAGACAGGAUCAAAGUCCAGCAACCUCCUGGACUUGAAGAACCCCUUUUUCAGGUACACAGGCACCACCCCCAACCCCCCUCCUGGCUCACACUACACCUCCCCGUCCGAGAACAUGUGGAACACGGGGUCGGCCUACAGCAUGAAUCAGGGGAUGCCUGUAUCAGGGAUGCCUGCAGCUUAUGACCUCAGCACAGUCAUUGGCAGCGGCCCGUCGGUGUCUCACAACAACCUCAUCCCCCUGGGUACGAAUUGCACUCCUCCUGACUUCUCAACAUCUCAUGUGAACACCGGAAUUGUAAACCACACCCACUCCAGGAUGGGCUCCAUCAUGAGCACAGGAAUUGUCCAGGGAGCCACUACGGGCCAGUCAGGUCCCAGCAGCAGCGGUACUUACUACCCCGUCACCAACCAGUUCACCAUGGGGGGCGCCGCCAUCUCCAUGGCCUCACCCAUGGUCAUCCCCAGCAACACCAUGCAUUACGGCAGUUAAGACGAAGACCUCACGAAGACCUCUUCGAUGUCCCCGCCCCCGCAUGACAAGAGAUCCCAAUCCUCUCCCAGUGGAGCCCCUUGGCCCCCCCCACCCCCCACCCCCCCCCGCCCUGCCCUUCGACCCCCGACUGACGCACCAACUGCAGCCAAAACCAAUAUACCAAAACCAGUGCUGUGCUGGCACUGCCUCCUGUUGUUCCUCAUCCUGCCCCGUUGAGCUCAUCACUCUACGAACGGUCCAACGCUCUCGUAUCCGUCCAGACUCUUGUCCCGCUAACAGACAAAACCUCCUUUCCCCUCUUGGAUCCAUUGGGACUUUAACACGUGCACAGCUGAGAUGCACGGCCGUUAUUAUCUAUCCCCCUCCUCCCUCAACAUGUAUCUCAGUCCCUCUUUUCUUUUUUUUAUGUGUCAUAAUGACCCCCAAAGUGUUUUUUGAAACCCUUUCUUCGGUAAGAACUCGCUGCCAGAUACCAGCACCGGUCCGUUCCUACACUUCUCCCCACAUCUGGUCCAGAUCUACACUGAAGCCUUUCAUUUGUACAGGAGGACACUAUUAUCAGUACUCAUCUCUGGGCUUCAUAUCUGAUCCAAUCUUCAAGAGACGGACACAUGCAAGACAAAUCACAAGCCAACAUAUUCUCCAGCACUCAUCAGUCUACUCCUGCAUGUAGUUUUGGUUUUCGGCAGAUACAACAGAAAACUGAAGCCGUCUACAUGCCUCGGCACUCUAAGGAGUAUGGGAAAUAUGCUUUUUUUGUGACCCCCCUAGUUGUGCUCACUAUGUGUGGUUCUACUUAAAAGCAGUGGUGUUUUGGGAGAAUGGUCACCUUCCAUGCUGAGUGUGAUCAUCUCGUAGGUUCCGGUCCUCUUUGCUAAUACCUCAGCUGACACUACGCUGGCUGGAAGUGGGCUGGCACGCUAGCGUACAUCGCAUCAAGUGACAGUCGGCCUCACGGUAACAAGUGUUCUGUCUUUCUUAAAGCCGACACCUCUCUGUGGGCUCAUCACUACGAGUGGCACCUCUCUCAUUACACAUUUGAUCCAUUGUUGAAAUACCAAUAUUGAUCCGUGCAGCUUUAAAUAUGCUUGUACAUCUCACCCAUACCCGUGACGUGGUUAGCCUAGCCUAGCCUAGCUCAAAGGCUAGAAGCAGGGAGAAACUACCACAUCGUCUUUAUCUAAAGUUAAAAUACACACCUGUCCUAAUUCAACUUUAUAUAUUCACUCAAUAUGUCAAAUAAAACUGUAAAAAUCAGAUGCUCUCAGAGCAGGAUGCUGGAGGAAUUUUUUUUACUAAAAACACGCAGCGUCUCCUCAUAGAGGAGCUGCUGGUUUGAGCACCGUCCAAAGUGAACAAAAAGCCAGGUGACACUUUUCAAUCUCUUACAAACAAACCAUUUAAUAAAAGGAGUGUUUUGUCCCGUUUUCGACAGAGCUAGGCUAACGUUUUGUCUUGCCACUAGAGUGGCGACGGUGUCAAAAUUUUCAAACGGGUUUGUUAUUAAGCCAUAACACCGGACCGGUAUACCGAAUCUUACCACUAUAUGUCGUACUUGACUCAGCAGCUGCAACUCAGAGCCACUAAAAUGAGAAUAGCUGGUCCACCUUAAAGGUCCACCCACCUUAAAGGUCAGCCCACCUUAACCGAGCCGUUGUUGUCGCUAACCUCGGGGCUAACCCCCCCUCACUUUAAUCAGCAGGUGACAAGAAAGACACGGGAGCACGAGGAGUUGUAGCAUUUAUUCACCGUCAGUCUAAACUGUUCACACACUGCUACGUCCAGUUCUAACAUUACUGCUACCUUCAUAGUCACCGGCAGCCACACGCUCGCUCUCCAUUUCUCUCUUGACCUCACACUCGCUGACGUUCCGGGCCUCCCCGUGAUCUCCAUCAUGUUGCCGAUGUUAUGCCGAACUCACCGGGCUCCGCUAAGCAGAUGAGCACGGCCUGUCAGACACUAUAGUGGCUCCGUUAGUCUGUAAAAUAUAACAUCCGUUAUGUAUAGAACAUGCUAAUCACAUUGUUCUUUUGCUUAUUAGUAACGCAUAGAAGCUGGAUUUAGCGCCGCGACGCAGUUGACACAGGUCGCUGAUGUCGGCUACUUUUUAAUUAACCAGAAUGCGUCAUAAUGACAAAAUGCCAGCUCAACAGGUCGGCGUAAAAUCACACUGGUGUACGCUCGUACAGCCGGACCAGACCGGCAAAACUAGGAAAUCUACCCAACUCUAGUUGCCUCCGGUCUCAGCACUGAGAGAUAUCUCUGUUCUAGACUCAAUUACAUUGAAUUAACAAGUCUUUGGAUCGGACUGUAGGUUAGACGAGGUUAAGGGCUCCGAAUGCUUCAGCUAGGUCGUCUGACGUACGAUCACGUCUAAAGGGAAAAGGGUUGUUCCAGCCUUCUCCUGGCUGCAUCCCACCGCCGGCCGGAUCUCUCCAACAAGUCAAACACUUUCAGUCUCACAAGAAAAGAUUCUUCUUUUUGCUCAACAUGGAAGGUGACCAAUGGGACAGUCUGCUGAGAACUGAGUCUUAGUUCAAGGCCGUUGUCUUCACCCAACACCCUGUUUUUAGCUGAGAGGACACAUCAUAUCAGUCAUUUUGCUCAGAUGCUGAGAACCAGUAAGGACCAGUGACCCAGCUGGAAUGAGAGAAGCUGUGCUGGAUCGGCAGCGUCCCAGUUUACAUCCUGGCUUUCUCCCCCUGCUUCUCCUCCCCCCCUCCUUUGAGACUGUCGCAAAGAGACUUCAACGUGGAGGCGUGGGAGACGGGGCCGGUCCCACCCGCCUCCCUCCUCGUCUGUUCACUCUGUAUGAAAUCCAACAUAUCAUGCCCCGACACCCUCGUCCUCUCUAUCGGUCACAGAGACAAGGACUGACACAUGUAUGCAUCGCUUCCAGUGUCACUACUAUUGGACUCGGUUCAGUGGAAUUUAGCGAGUUUUAAGAGCUGAGAAAAAUGUCUCUUUGUAGGAUUAACCUUUUUGUUAUCUUUAUUUUGUUUUUUUCUUUCACAAAAAACAAGAAACGAUGAAAAAAAGAGAGCAAAUUAAAUGUGGUGGAGAUGUUCCAAAACCAUCCUGGAAUCAGGUGUUGUAGUACUUUGAAUCUGUGAAAUAGACUGGACACGCCAGAUGUUUAGCCUA